AUGUUUCUUAUAUUUCCGUUCGUUUUCCCUCAUAAAGAAAUUGGAUUAAACAUAAUGGAACUUAUUGCAUUCAACAAUAAAGUUAUUGCGUUACAAAAAGCUGUUAAACGUAGUCGUGUACGAAUAAUUCGAAAGUUAACACGACAAAUUGAACAAUUGCGAAAAAAGACGACGAUUGUUAAUAAUGAAAAUGCUAAUCAUGAACGAAAUGAAAAGAAAAUUAAUCGUUUCAUUGAAGAGAUUCGAAACAUCAAAAAAUUAAAACUUAAAGAUGUUGUUUUAUUUGCAAUGGAAAAUGAAGGAACAUUUCAAAGUAUUCUAAAACAACAUAAGGAAAGUGUAAAUGAUAUUAAACAACAUUCACUUAUUCGUUUAUCAACUGAAUCAUCAUUGCAAACAGACAUUAUGAAAUUGAAAACGAGUGAUGAUUUCAAAGAAUCUUGGCAACGUCUAUUAAUUCAAUAUAAAUCACGUCGUGCUAAACGUCGUGCAUGGAAAGAGAAAGCAAAUGAUUUUAAACAAAUUGAAUCUGAAUUAAAACGUCAACAAGAUGAAUUAGAAAAUGAGAGUGAACUAUUAGAAUCACGAUCACUACCACUAAAAUCGAAAAAGAAGAUAAUCAAAACAAAAAUAGCUAAAGAAGAAGAAGAAGAAGUGAACAAUGAAGAAGAAGUAGAAGAAGUGAACAAUGAAGAAGAAGAAGAGGAAGAAGUGAACAGUGAAGAAGAAAAGAAAAUUGAGAGUGAUUUAGAGGAAGAAAAACCGAAGAAAAAGACUGAACCAUUUUUUCGUUCAAAACCAAUAAGUAAACAAUCUGUUGUUUGUAUAAUCGAUUUGGAAAAUAAUACAAUGGAACCAUUGGCUGAAGCCACUAUGGACGAUGAAAUUUCCUCUGAUGAUGUAGAAGAGAGUAUGAAUAAAUCACUUGUCGAAAAUUUAAAUGAAAUAGCGACAGAUAAAACUCCUUUAGUUGAUCCAUUUUUUUUAAAUGGAACACAUAAAAUAACGUAUCAGACAAUAAAAACAACUAGUUCCUAUCCCUCUGUUGGUGAUAAGAAUUCAAUUGAACAAUCCUAUUUUGUUGAUACAUUAGCAAAACAAAACAAUAGUAUGAAAAAUAAUAGAAGACAGCAAAGUUUAAAUAUACCAUCUAUCCAAAAUAAUAGAAGACAGCAAAGUUUAAAUAAACCAUCUAUCCAAAAUAAUAAUGGUUAUAGUAAUGAAAAAGUUAAACGAGUACCGUCUACUACAAUACAUCCAUCAUGGGAAGCAAGUCGUUCGAAGCUCGAUCAAUGUCGAAUACAAAAAUCACAAGCAAAAAAAAUUGUUUUUAACGACAGUGGAGAAGAUAGUGAUUGA